AUGGAUCGCUCGCGCCGGAUGCCACAACGUCGCCGCCAUCUGGGAGCUUCUGCUUCUCCUACUUCUGCUUCUGUUUCGGAAGCUUCUUUUGACUCAAACCCACUCACAAGCCCUGUUAUUGCUCACACUAAUACCAAUCCCAAUACCACGCCUCAAAGUGUUGGUGGUCGACGCUCAACCAAACCUCUUCAACACACCUUCUCUUUCUCACCUCCAGGUAGCAGUCGUAACUCUAACCCCAAGAGGCGAUCUACUACUAUGGAUAACUUUCCAAUCCCAGAUGGGGGUGAGCAUGGCCCUAGAAAGGGCGGACACAGUCUUCGUAAGCGUGCUCGCGUGGAUUACACGUUUGAGCACAUUGACGACGACGUUGUUGUUCCCAAUUCAACCUCUUCAGCACGCGGCAAGAAACGCAGAUCCGAAGUCAACUUUGACACAGAUGACUUCUAUACCAAUGACCCAAAGAGACGGGGCGCCUCAAUGGGUGCUGACACCCCGUCCAAUCGCCGGAAGAAUCCGACACGCAAAUCUAGUGACCUCAAGGCAUUUCAUCACGCUGCUUUGCAGGAUGACGAUAACGACGUUCAAGACACAAUUGAAGUCGGUGCCUAUUAUUCCGAUGUUGACGAUUCAGAGCUUAGAGAGCCUGCCGAGUCAAAUCACUCAUCCCCUCAAACUAAGAUGUCCCCGAAAGGCUCACCUAAAAAUUCACCUAAAAAGGAAUUUACUCAGCAUGAGUUGUCUGGGCCUCAGCCUGACGGUGCUCAUCAACUCGAACCGUCAACGCAUGGUGAGAAAGCUGUUACUGGAAUAGAAACUUUAGAGAACGUCUCUUCAGAGCAAUUAGCUUCUUCUGUUGUGGAACCUCCAGGUACCUCUAUCGAGCAGUCUAUAUCUCAGCCUACAGAGCCGCAAAUUGAGGAAUUUCAUAAAGUGGAAACCCAGCCAGAAGCUUUAAGUACUCAGCAGGAAUCCUCUACAGCAGCAGAUGUAUAUCAUGAUGUGCCAGCGGUAGAAGAGCCGGCAGCAGUGCCAGAUGCGAGAUCUGAGCCGGCUGCCACAACGGUAUCAGAUGCACAAACAAAAGAGGUGGAACCAGAGGCAAUACCAGUGCCAGUAUCAGAGCCAGUAUUAGAGCCAGCAGUGCCAGUAUCACAGCCAGUAUCAGAGCCGGUGCCAGAGCCGGUGCCAGAGCCAGUGUCGCUGCCAGUUACAGCUCCGAUAAUAGCACCGCCGGCCACUGCAGACAAUAUGAAUAAUAAGAGCGAAUCUGUUCAUUCACCUAUUGUUCCUGCAGCCGAAUCUGAGCCUGUAAACAGCGUUGCUGGAGUCCCCGCCGUUGAACCUUUUCCUCAAGACAACUUCGAACCUGAUUCUUCUGCAACCAACAACAUCAGCAUCAAGGAAGAAGCACCCUAUCAAACAACUCUUGAAGAAGUCCCUGAAUCCCCAGAUCAGUCGCUAAAUCAGCAUCAAGAAAACAAGAUGGAUGAGAUGGAAAUCGAUUCAGUCAACCAAGGGCCUCUUGCUCAAGACGUCGAAAUGACUGAUGCUACGCCACUUGAUACUCAAGAGCCGACUUCAGCUGCUGCGAUUUCGCCAACAUCGCCGCCUCCUCCCCCGCCUGCAGCCUCGUCUCCGUUGGCAUCAAAAACUCUUUCUACGCCACUACCAAAGUCACCACCAAAGUCAGUUUCCGAGCCGCCUGCACCCUCGCAUGUACCCUCGCCUGUACCUUCGCCUGCCAAAGAACUGGAAGACUCUCAACAAGUUCGUGAUAGCACCUUUCCCCCAGCUGAUGCUGCCGCCGAAGCCCCUGCACCUGCAGAUGUAAACGGCGACUCAGCGCAGGUUGAACAAUUGAACAAUGAGGGCAUCGAGAGCAUCGAGAACAACAAAGAUCAAGAAGCCGCAGAAGUGGUAGCCACUGUCGAUGAGCUUCCAAUUCCAGACUCGCCUCAAGCUCCCGUCGCCCAAGAGCCAGUCGCUAUCUCAAGUCCCACCGAGUUAAGAGCCCCUACUCCCCCUCCUGCAGAGACCAUCGAGACCCCUGCUUCAUCUGCACCCUCAGAAACAAAAUCGAGUCCUCGAAAGCCUAUCGCUCCUCGAAUUGCCAUGGAAUCAAUGCCACAGCCUACCCCCGUCGGGCGCUGGGCCCACCUCAAGCCUUAUGUUGAUGGCGAGUUUGUAUUAUACCCAGAAAAGAAGGGGCAAUCUAACGAGGACGGCACGGCCGACGAUACGAACCCGGAAGGGAAAGAUACCGACAUGGAGCCAAUGGUAGAUGACCAGGACGACGCUGGAGAAGGUGGAGGACUUGAGGCGCCUACUCCAGCACUUAACACGCCCACUCGUGGUUCGCCUGUAGCAGACUCUGCAGAUCCAACUGCUUUCAAUUCGCCUGCUCCCAUUGGGGAAGACGGUGAUGAGGCUGACGUAUCCGAGUCUCAGGAAUUACCCGGGCGCAACCGUUACUACAAGUACAGAAAGUUGAGAGAUCCCGAAGAGUACAUCUCCGCCGUUGAAAACUAUGAAGACAUGUCGACUGAGGACUUAUUUGAAGUCCUCGAAGCCAUCAAUAUUUCCUUAGUUCAGUGGCAGGAUGAGUGGACUGACCAGGGUGCAAUUGUUGAUGAUCACGAGAAUUCUCUCCGUCGACGAGCUGCCGAUGCCAAGUACGAAGCUCGCACUCGCAACCUCCGCCAGCACGGUGUCAAUUAUGAGGAGCCUGAAUUUGCCGUCAAGGGUUACAAGUCUCGCGAUAAGGAAGGUCUCAACGAGACUCGCUAUCUCCAAGGACAAGACCGCAUCAUGGCAGCCACCUACGGGUUCGAGUAUGAUCCCCAUCCUUCAAAGAUUGGCAAACAGAACCCCGAGACACAGCAAGUCGGAAUUAUGACCCGUGGGCGAUCCCUUCGAAAUCAGCCCAAGCAGACUGCCAAGGCCACAGAGACUGACGAGGUGGUCGGCAAGCGGCAACGCAAGCCUGUCCAACUCUUCGAUCCUGCGACACAAGACGUUAGUCGAAGCUCAACACCUGUGCCAACAACUCGUGGCGGUGCUCGUCGACGCAAGAAUGCCAACGGUGAUGAUGAUGUCCAGCCUGCCCCAUCGGUCAGUUUCAACAACGAGGCUGCCUCGGAUAGUGAGGCUGCGGGUCCAAAGACCAGACGCAAACGUGGCACCCGUGGCAAGAAUGCUGCUUUCGCUGAGGAUCCUGUCUCGACACUAGAUGCUGAGGAAGCAGCACAAGAAGAGCCUUCGAAGUCGACUCGUCGCGGCCGUGCUAGACCUGCUGUUAAGUAUGAAGAAGCUGACCCGAAUGAGUUUGUCGACGAUGAACCCCAGGAGGAGGAAGAGGAAGAGGAAGAAGCGGAGGAGGAAGAGAAGGACGAGAAGCCACCUGUCCGUCGACAUCUUCUCACCCUCAAACUUCCCAGAGGUUUCUUAAUCGAGGCUACGCCUGAUAUGGAGAUCGUAGACAAUGGUGAUUCACGCCCUACAACCGCCUCCUCGGAGGAGUCUGCUCACACUGUCGAAUCUGCCUACUCUUUCCGGCCUAAACGACAGAAGCGUUUCCGCGACGAUCCUGAUGAGGCUGAGGAGUCAGCUCAGGCGCCACCAAAGAAGAGAGGCAAGCGAACAAGCGGCGGUACCACUACUAGCGAGAUUAUAUCGACUGCUUCUACGCCAACUCCUUCUAUUGAACCGGCACAGGCCCAAACCAAUCGCAAGAUUCAAAAGAUCAAGGUUGUGAGGUCUAGCCAGGAUAACAAGAAUGGAGGAGCAUCUCCCCCUCCACCUCAACCCCCUGCGCCUGCUGUUACUCCUGUCGAGGAGGGUGAUGAUAGUCCUAAGGACUACAAGUCAAUGACCAAGUCCGAGAAGAUGUCGGCCUCUAUGAAGAAUCGAUGGGCCAAUGGUAACAUGGCCGGAGCCGUUGAGAAACGUAAAGCGACCCUGGCUGCUAAAAAGGCGGCUCAAGCGGCAGCCGAGCAAAGAACAGGUGUCGUCACUCCCAAGCCCAAGGGCAACAAGGCCACUGUCAAGAGAGAUUCUACUCUCAAGAUGCAUAUGCAACCAGACCAGCCUCAGGUGCCACAACAGCAACAGCAGCAGCAGCAGCAGCAGCAACAACAACAACAACAACAACAACAGCCGCCUAUGCUUCACCAGCAGCCACCAAUGCAUCCCCAUCAGCAUCAGCAUCAUCAGCUCCCUCCUCAGCCCCAACAUCAACAUCAACACCCCGAUCAGUAUCAGCAUCAACACCAGCACCAGCACCCGCAUCAUCCACUUCAUCUCCAGCAGCACCAGCCGCCACAGAUGCACCAGCCUCACCCACACCAUCUUCCCCCUCCUCCCCCGCCUCAUCAGCCUGGAAAUCCUCCUCCGCCUUUCAUCCAUGGACACGGCCAACACAACAACCAUGGUCAUGGACACGGCAUGCCUGGCAUGGGGUACCCCUACUAG